AUGAACUGUUUAUUCCAGCACAAGGAAACCGAUAGUGUUGCUGGUGUAUGCGUCAAAAGCCUUCAACUCACUAAAAAUCGAGCAGCCGCCCUUCAUAACAUCAGGGUUCUUUGUCUAGCGUUAUAAUUAGCUACAUUUGCAAUCAAUACCUCCCGAACACCAGCACGACUAUUUGAAACGGGGGUUAAAGAGCUUAUUUCUGGGGAGGGUACUACGCAAGGCCGAUGCUUAAGCAAUUUGCAUGUAUGCCCUUAGUCUACAGCCGCUCAUCUCCCGCUAACAACCCUUGAGUCAAGCCAAACGAUGCUGCUUGCAGAUUAUGCGACAGGGUGUGAAUGGGUGGGGCAUGACAAAAUUGGUAGAGUUUGCUUUGUCGCAGCCCAAGGCUUGUUUCGCAACUUUCACAUUUGGUAAGACACCGCUGGACAUAAUUUUCUGCCUGACAAAGAAGAUCUACUCGCACCUCUGGAGCGCGCAAUAGCUCAUGCCCUCUAAUCGUCCAUUACAGGGUACAACAAGCUCUCUUGGGCACAACUGUACACAAGCUGAACGUGAUCGAGCUGCUGGCGUUUCCAGUGAGAAUGGGAAGCAUGGGCCAACAAAUCCGAGUCAAGUAGCAGCGUUAGAGUAUGCAGCAUCAACUAAUAUCUCUGGUCCAUUAGCCCAACAAAUAGAAUCACAGGUGCAUGAGCCACCAGAUGAAAAUAAAAUGCACGCUGUGCAACGGGAGAUGCGUCAAAUGAAGAAUCGGUAUCUGAAGGAAAAACGUGAUGAGGUGAAGGGCUUGAUUUCUGGAAAAAGUGUGAGAGCUGUUGACCUUGCCACUCAGUCAGCAGGUGCUUCUAGUUGGCUUACCGUUUAG